AUGGCAUCUAUGCUGGCUCUUAUUGGGCUGUUUCUGCUUACUCUCAGAAUAUCACGUGCAGGGGCACAGUCAAUAGGCGUCUGCUAUGGAUUAAAUGGCAACGAUCUACCUUCUACGCAGGAUGUUAUAAAUCUUUACAAUGAAAAGGGCAUUGCAAAAAUGAGAAUAUACGCCCCAUUUCCACAAGUCCUCAACGCUCUAAGAGGAAACAACAUAGAACUUAUUGUCGAUGUAGCCAACGAAGACAUUGAGCCCCUUGCAUCAGAUGCUUCAGCAGCCGCUCGCUGGGUUCAAGACAAUGUCUUGCGCUACGUACUAGAUGUUCAAUUCAAAUACAUAGCUGUCGGAAAUGAAGUGUUGCCUAAUUUUGACAAUGCUAAGUACAUUUUUCCUGCCAUGGAAAACUUGCAAAACGCAAUCAUAGCAGCGGGUCUUCAGGACCAGAUCAAGGUCUCAACGGCAACAUACACAGCUCUCUUAGCUGUUUCCUCUCCUCCUUCACAAGGUUCCUUCGGGAAUGAUUCGAAGCUAUUUAUGAAACCUAUAAUUAAUUUCCUGGUACAAAAUAAUGCGCCAUUACUAGUCAAUAUAUAUCCGUACUUCGGCUACAUUGGUGAUCAAGCCAAUGUUGGGCUUGAAUAUGCACUAUUCACCUCGCCUGGAAUUGUUGUUCAAGAUGGUUUGUUGGGAUAUCAGAACCUUUUUGAUGCUAUGUUGGAUGCUCAUUACUCUGCUCUGGAGAGAGAAAGUGGUAGUAACGUUGAGAUCGUUGUAUCGGAGACUGGCUGGCCAUCUAGCGGAAAUCCUCCUGCUGCUUCAUUAAAAAAUGCUGGAAUUUACUACAACAAUGUAGUCAAUCAUGUGAAGGGAGGAGUGGGGACUCCAAAGAGGCCUGGAAGGGUUAUAGAAACGUAUUUGUUUGCCAUGUUUGAUGAAAAUGAGAAGCCAGGAGCUCAGACGGAAAGGCAUUUUGGCCUCUUCAGUCCUAACCAACAGCCCAAGUAUUCAAUUAAUUUCAAUUAA